AUGUAUCUCAAAACGAAGAUCUUCCUUACCGGUGCGACGGGGUACAUCGGAGGUGCCUGUCUCCAGCGUCUCCUUGAGGAGAGCAGCUUCCAAAUAACUGCUCUUGCCCGAGAUGCUGAGAAAGCGCGCCUGCUGAACGGACUUGGCGUAGCGACGAUCGUAGGGUCACUGGAAGAUAGUGAGCUUUUGGCCGGUGCAGCUGCAGCCGCGGAUGUCGUUUUCCACACAGCUGACGCAGACCAUCUACCCGCGAUUUAUUCUCUACUCCGCGGCAUCAUGCGGAGCCGCCAUGAUGAAACCAAGGAGGCGGGCAUUCUGAUACAUACAUCUGGUACAGGGACCCUGCGCGAUGAGGCCAGAGGAAUGUACAAGUCCGAACGUAUCUAUCACGACGACAGAGUCGAGGAAAUUGAAUCACUGCCUCCCACGGCAGACCAUCGCAAUGUUGAUAUGGAAAUCGUCAGGGCCGACCAGUCAGGGUGUAUACGAAGCUACAUUGUAGUGCCUUCGACCGUUUGGGGCAUACUGACUGGGAGACUGGUCGAAUUGGGCAUCGCGCACGCCCAUUCCCAACAGAUGCCAAAUGCCAUCAAGGCAAGCAUCGCCCGCGGUCAGGGAGGGAUGGUUGGCAAGGGUCUCAACGUCUGGCCUCACGUCGAGAUCCGCGAGCUCGUGGAUAUGUACAUGCUCAUCCUUUAUGCUGCUCUGGAAGAUCACGCACCACACGGACGCGAAGGUUACUUCUUCGGAGUAAACGGAGAGUACCAACUCCUCGACGCGGCUCGAGUUUACACCGCAAGACUACACGCCCUGGAUAUGAGUCAAACGGCCGAUCCUGUGACGUGGUCAAGAGAAGACAUCGAGAAGUACUUACGAGGUAGUGAAUAUGCCGGUUCGAACUCGCGCGCACGGGCGGUACGAGCUCGCGCUCUAGGGUGGAUGCCUGUGAGAGGGAAUGCAGAGUUCUACGAUGGCAUCGAGGAGGAAGUGGAGUCCAUCGUGCGAGACCUAAAGCUCACCUGA